UGUUGUUUUACGUGCGCGUUGACAUUUUUGCAGCGCCUUUUAAUUUAUUAUUAUUAUUUAAACUAACUAAUAAUGGAGUUGGAUACUUGUUAGCCAUUAGAUCGAUUUCGAUUUUCAACGAAUCCCAUGACAAAAGCGCUGGCAGGACAAUAUACAUGUAUUUUCGCAAGUCAAUGCGAACGCCGUGCCCCGUCGGUUUGCAAAAAAAUAAAAUAGCCAAUUAGGCAUUAGCCACGGUUAAGUUAAGUUAAAGCGACUAAAACGAUGCACAUGCGACUGCAUUUGGUGCGCUUUAUGUACAUAAAUCUACUGCUGAGCUGCUGUUUCUGGUUGUACGACAAUGUGGCAGCUGCAGAUGCACAAACACCAAGUAACAAAGGAGGUGGAUCAGCAGAGGGAGCGGGAACUGGAAAUGCAGAUGCAGCUGGUAAAACCCACUUAAAUCCGGAAGAACAGGCGGCGCCACAAAAACCGGACCCUCCGCCCCCGCCACUCGACGAAGGGCUAGUAGGAGCCUUACCCACUUCAAAUGAAGAAGGGGUGCCCACUAUUAGCUCCCCGGACUCCCGGCCAAAAUCUGGGGACACGUCAGUGCCCGUGGAGGUGGAACAGCCCGCGUUAUCAACCGCACAUCUUGCAAAUAGCCAUAGUGAAUAUGUUAGUGAAUUCGAUUUAGCCGCUGAUGAUGUCUCCUCAUCCACCGCCCAAGUGCCAAAUAAUCAAUUAAAUUAUAAUAAUCGUAAUAGUGCCGGGAAUGUGCAUAGUUUUAGUGAAUUGCAGCAAUUAGAACAACCAAAAGAGCUGGGGCAGGAGCCACAAUCGCCGGAGCUUCAGCAACAACAAACGCAGACGGAAGAAAGCUUUCCAGAGAUCAUUACGGAGCUGCCGACGGUCACAGUUACUGAGCUGCCUCUGGAUCGAGUGAAGAAUCGCCUGGAUUCGGUUAUCCUGGAUGAUUCCCAGGUUGCAGCGAGCAACCAUAGUGAUGAGAAUCAAGAGCAACAGCAGCAUCCUCAUCAGGAUGAAACUCUGCAAUUGUUUGAGGCAGACAAAGAAAUCCCUCAAAAGGAUGAGCAAAUGCCGAAGAUAAACGAUCCCGGAGGAGGCAUCGAAUUGGAUGGACUAGCCACACAGGAAGCUACGCCUGCCGUCGAAGGGAAUGAGACCAGCGAGGAGCUGCAGGCUGCAGGAGGAUCGCCAGGAUCGCCUGCAUCCAAUGACACAGACGCCGCGGCGAAUCUAACGAAUGCCAACGAGGAGGUGCCCAUGCCGGUGUUCUCAGAGUGGGCGCAAAAGCAAAUGGAGGCGGAGGCCAGCCGGGAGCAGGCAAUGGAACUGGAGCAGCAGGUGGUAAAUAAUUCCGCCCAACGAAGAAAUAACACGGGAUCAUCGACCGGAAAGCCACCGACGCUGAAGCUGCGAUCUAAGAACUAUGCAUCGCCGGAUUGCGGAGCCAAGAUCAUCGCACACAAUUCCGAGUCCAAACAUACGGAAGCCGUGCUUACCCAAUCCACAGAUGAGUACAUGCUGAGUAUUUGCGAAAGUCGGAUUUGGUUCGUCGUAGAGCUGUGCGAGGCCAUUCAGGCACAGAAGGUGGAUGUGGCCAACUAUGAGCUCUUCAGUUCGUCCCCGAAAAACUUUACGGUGGCCGUUUCGAAGCGAUUCCCCACCCGAGACUGGAGCAAUGUGGGUCGCUUUGCGGCGGAGGACAAGCGAACAAUUCAGACCUUCGAGCUACAUCCUCAUUUAUUUGGAAAAUUCGUGCGCGUGGAAAUAACCUCGCAUUAUGCCAAUGAGCAUUUUUGUCCACUUUCGCUAUUCCGAGUGUUCGGCACCUCCGAAUACGAGGCUUUCGAAACGGAAAUCCGACCUAGCGAUGACAUGGAUGAUUUCUACGAUGACUAUGGAGCGCAAGAGCAAAAAGCAGCUGUGGGAGGUGGUGGCAACAUCUUUCAGAGCGCCUCCGAUGCAGUUAUGCAAAUGGUUAAGAAGGCAGCCGAGGUGCUGGUGAAGCCCACAAAGGCUCUGAAAUGGUCAGCGGAAUCUCUGCUUUGCCAAACGCCUGCAUUUGGUUCCUACAGCUGCAGCAAUUGCAAUAGCACUUUGGUGGAGAGGAUUAACAGCCUUGUGUCCUGUCAAUUCCAGCAGCUUCAAGUGCUGCUCAGCAUCAGUCGUUUGAGGACAGAUCUCCUACAGAGUCGCGUGUGCCAGGAAGAUUUCGGGAUAAGUUUGAUGGGCUCAGAUUUUUCGAGUAAAUUGGGCAAGGAGCAGAGCUAUUUCCUCAGCAUGCUGCCAGCGGAACACAUUGGAGCCAUGUGUAAAGUGAUCCAAGCGGAGCAGAAUGUAACCGAUCAACAGCAAACGAAGACGCCAGCCAUAAAGCACCAUGUCAGCUCAGCAGAAAAACUACAAGACAAUGCCACAGCUGCCGGAGUUCGUCAGGACUGUGAGGGCAGCGAAGGAAGUGCAACAAGAAAAACCCCCGAGAAGGAACCCCCUACACCCAGUCUGGAGGUUGUGGUGCCCGAAUCCAGCCAAGAAGUGCCUUCAAUGGAAGAUAAGUCGUCGAACUCCGGCGAAACAGUUUCCACUACAAACUCUACGCCAGCCGAUGUCAAUAUAUUCAAUGUGCCUGCGGAAUCCGAGGAAGUGGUGGUCAAAAUGCAGCUCCCGCCGGAACCAACUCUAACAACCACUUUGGAAGCCAGCGAUUUGGAGUCCUCCACCAACGCUCCGAGUCCCAAUGUGCCGCAAUCCUCUAGUGAAGCUUCGGCAAAUGGAGACCUAGCAAUUGAGGAGGCAAAUCCCAAUAAUUGGGAGAGUAUUGACAAUCUUCUGACCACCACGGUGGCUUCAAUUACCGCUGGCGGUGGAGCAGCUGCCGCUGCAGCAGCUGUGGUAAAUGGCAACGGCAAUCUUGGAGUGGCAGGCGCCACCGGGGCAGGAGGAGCAGUCACGGGAUCCGGUGUAAAUCUGCAGCAGAAGCUGACAAAUGGCGGGCAGUCGGAGAGUGUGUUCAUCAGGCUUUCCAAUCGCAUAAAGGCGCUCGAACGGAACAUGUCGCUAUCGGGACAAUAUCUGGAGGAGCUCUCGCGGCGCUACAAGAAGCAGGUGGAGGAGCUGCAGCAGACGCUGACACAACAGACCCUAACGGUGCGCCAGCUAGAGGACCAGAGCCGGCGCUACGUUGAGCAGGAGCAGCUGUAUCAGCAGCAGAGUGCCGAGCUGGCCGGCGAGGUGAGGGCGCUCUCCUACCAGGUGCAGGCCUGCAUCCUGGUCAUCAUUAUCGUGGGCACCUGCAUCUUCCUCAUGCUCGUUUUGGGCACCGUCUACUAUCGCAAGUUGCGCCGCCAGCAGCAGCAGCUGUUAAAGAAGGAUCAGCCGGGCAAUCCACCGGUGGCUAUCAGACCCAAGCUUGAUCGCCGUAAGUCCUACGAACAGAUGCCCAAUCAAACCACGCCCAAGCAACGGCGUCCCAGCGAGGAAGCCAUGCUUAUUCUGAAAGAGUGCGGCGACAGCAACUUGCAGGAGCAGGAUCCGUCGAACAGGCAGCGCAAGAUUUCCGUUUGCUACGGCAGUAACAAUAAUAUAGCCGCCAAUAUGCUUAAUUCAGUCACAAAUGGCAGUGGAAAUGUUCGGGGUUCUCUGCACAGACGCAAGGGAGCCAAGCACUCCUGGCAUAACAGUCUGGACACUACGGAAACGUACUGCGGCGAACAAACGGACAAGUUCUUCGAUGUGGAUACCCUUAAAAGUAUAAAGCAAAGCUCCAGCAAGGCGGGCAAAAAGAAAUCCCAGCAGAAACAGCAACAACUGGCUCUCAAACGUCAGGAAUCUGCGCCCGCCAGCUUCACGCAGGAUGAACUUGCCGAAGAACCGGCCACGCAGAGCGACUUCGAUGAGAGCCUGAUGCUGGACGACGAUGAUCUGGCCAACUUUAUACCCACCACCGAUUUGGCCUACAAUGAAUUCAUGCCCGAAGGACCCUCGGGCUAUCAAAUACUGGACACAGUGGAUGGGAAAACCGGAAAGGAACAGAGGACUAAGAAAUCGCGUCGGCUGUCCUCGCCGGCUUUCUUCAAGUCACCAUUUAGCAAGAGCAAAAACAAGGGCUACAGCUUCAAUGGCAUCAAGAACAGCCACUCGGUGCAUGAGCCCACAUCCUGGGAGUGGUACCGCCUGAAGCGAGGCGAAAAGCACCAGCAGCAACAGCAGGCUAAGCUGGCCAGCAAAAGCUUGCCCAGCGCCAGUUUAGAUAGCUCGUCGCUGUCGGAGGUCAAUUUUCCCCUCAACUCGAACACCGCCACGCAAAAUUCCUUCCGGAUACUGGGCGAGGCCAUUCUGUCCUCCGGGGAGGGACGCAUCACCCCGAAUGGGAAUGGCAAUGCAACACCGGGUGCUCUGGCCAGUAGCAGUAGCGGAAGUGGCAGUGGUGGCAGCACCACCUCAUCCACCACCAAGAAGAAACAACGCGCCUUUAACAACCUAUUUCGCAAGGCCUUUGAUUUUUAGUUACAACCCAGUGUUUCGAUCUAAUUAACGUUUUUACACCAGCGCAUAUUGUAAUUAUUCUUAUCGAUUCGGAUAGACACCGUUGCGUUCGGCCAGCCAUUCGAUAAAUUGUUUGUACAAAACGAAUUGUUAUUUUUUGAGGAUUAUAAGAGGCCCGAGAAGUGAAGAAAAAGUGAGAGUUCCUUUUGUGUUGCAGUGAAAUGCAAAUGACUGUUAAGCGAAAAACAACAAAUUUAAGUAUAGUACUUAUAUAUUUUGUAGUGUGCUUGCUUGCUAGUUUAAACCAGCCUAGGUUAAUUGUGUACGUAUAUUCCAAGCCUCGUCGUUCUUGCUAUAUUCGCCCAAAUCCCACGAUUAUGUACUUUAAGUGAUGAAAGAAACAUUUGCAAAUUAUUGCCACAUUUAGUUUGUUAUUCUUAGCAAUUUCUAUAUACAAUUAGUUAAUAGAUUAGUCUUUAUUUAUAACUAAAUACAAUUAACAUUUAUUUAAAAACGUAA